AUGUUUGUUUUGUUUUUAAUUUUCGCAACGUGUGCGGCCAGUUACAAUGAACAAUAUCGAGUCCCUCAUGCCGCUUCAGACCGUUGGGAAAGCUACAUCUUUGAAGACAAGGAGUACUUGAUACAGAACCUUCCAGUGAAAUGGGAAAAUGCUAAAAUAUUAUGUCGAGGACAUCACAAUGGAACAUUGGCCUUAAUUGAUACGAAAGAAAAGGCCGAAUUUCUCGCCGAAGCAUUGUCAGAAUUACAGUUCUCAAUAGAAUCAGUAUGGGUGGGUGCGAGGCGAGCGUCUUCAGAUGACCCAGAGGGCUAUCGGUGGAGUCAUGGCGGUGAACUUAGAAGAACAGCAUCUGAUGUAUUGCCUAACGAAUUGGAUUCUAAUCUACAAAGGCACUAUCCUAUGUGGUUGAACCGCACACACAUACCAGUACCAGAAGGGGGAGCAGACUGUGUAGCUCUUGAGAGAGUUAAUCACGACAAUCCAGUAUUUUUAGACCUGCCAUGCUUGCUGGAACGUCCCUUCGUCUGCGAGAAAGAAGCUCAUAUCGAAGUAAAUAUACAGGAAUUGAAGCGUGUGCGGUGUCGAUCUGGUCGCUACCAUAUCUUUGACGGUAGAUUGAACUGGGAUCAGGCUGCUGCCUAUUGUGUCAUCCAGAAGAUGACAUUAGCAAAUGUACCCUCAGUCAAGUGCUUGAAGAAAUUAGGAGUGACUAUGCUUAAAGCAAGACCAAGUAUCGAAAGCGCAUGGGUAGGGGCCAAAGGAGCAUUGGGUCAAUGGACAUGGAUAGAUACGGGCUUAAGUAUUUUCACACCAACAACUUUCACCGAUGUGUCGCCGGGUUGGCCGCCUAUGAGAGAUGGCGCUGUUAAACAGAGCGGAUGUCUCCAGAUAGACAGGCACGAGACAUUAUCACCAAUAUUUAUGGAAGCAAGGUGCGAAAGAAAAAUGCAAUUCAUUUGUUAUCAAGGAUUGCCAGGACUAAGAACAACACUUCUACCACAGAGCGACGACAAUUACUACUAUAUUCUAGUACGACAAUCUUUCUACUGGCAACACGCGUUGGAGAAUUGCAAGAAAAUGAACGGCUCGCUUGCCAGUGUUGAAAAUAACGAUGUCCUAAUACAACUUCUGUUGGCUAUGGGUGAAAAUAAGGAGGAACCUGUCGAGCACGUCUGGAUAUCGGGACAUUUGAACAUGACGAGGGAGAAUGACGUCAUCUACUCGUGGUGGAACCCGAAUACCGGGAAACGAAUCCCCGACCCCAAGAAUGGUGAUAUUGGAUAUAUGCCUCCAUGGCUAGACGAAGAAUUCUCUAUGGACAGCCCAUGUCUGAAUCUUGACAGGCAGGAUCAUUUAAACGGUGUUAUCUAUGGUCUACCAUGUGACACACCGCAGUAUUCUAUAUGUAUGAUUGAAAAAACAACUAAAACCGCCGGUGACACAGUAAACGAGGACUCAACAUGA